GCACUGCCUUGCACCUAGCAGCCCCUUCUCCCAUGCUACAAAUUCAGAGCAGAGACAGGAACCAGGGUUAGGCACUGUGGCGUAUACAUUUCCUGUUUUAGAGAAGAAAAAAAAAAAAAAAAAAAAAAAAAAAAAAAAAAAGAGCUACAGUAGCAAAGUGAAGUUGUUGGAACGAAGAUGACAGUUGGAGCAUGUUUGUGCCUGAUAACCUAGCACUCACCCUCUCCUCCGCCGAAGCUUCACAGACGUUGUGGAAUAGGACUGGACUACUUAUUUUUUGCUCUUUCACUUUGGAGCUGGCAUUACAGAACAGAGAGAGGGUAACUUUGGGUGACAGAAGAAGAAAAUAAAACAUUAAUUUGUCAAGAAGGCCUCAACAGUUUGCUCAGCUUGGGGAAGGAGCAUCCCAAAGCGGACAGGAGAGGAGGUGGCUACAGACUAGCAAGUUUAUGUAGUGCUGCUGACAUGAUUAGCCAACCUGAAAAGACACCACAGCGGCAUAGGCGUUCAAGUGAGAGCUACGAUGAGAAGUGCGAGCGGCGGCAUGAGACACGCGAGAACUUGCGGAGGCGAAACAACGUGACCACGUGUCGGCGCAUUGGGAAACAUAAUAAAAAAGAAGCAGAGAAGCAGUCCCAGAGUUCCCGUCAGAGGGAGUUCUUGAGAAGAAGAAACCUAGCGACUGAAGAAAGAAACAAACCAAGGAAACCUCUCCCUGGAGCACAAGCUCCUCUAGGAGAAGAGAACAAGACACAUGUCCCCCAGGACCCCUCAUCAUGGGUGGAUCUGAGGUCACCGACUCCAUUCCAGCACCCAUGGAGCCACAGUGUGUUCCUGUACGCACACCACCAGCUCGGGCUCAGCAUGCACCUCGGGUCGAGCAGCCUUCACUCCUGUGCCAUUCCAUCAGAAAACAUCCCCAGCAAAGGCAUCUCCACAGACACUCAAGGAACUCAGACACUUACAAAUUCAAGUGCAAAAAUGAAAGACUCAAGCCAACAGACAGAUUGCGGAAUAGCAGUUUUAAAUAAGGAAAUAGUGCAACUUUCCAACUACCUGAAGGAGGCAUUGCAUCGGGAGCUGUUGCUGAAGCAGAAGAUGGUGAUUUUGCAGGAGCUUUUCUCCACACUGCUGCAAGCAUCAGAAAAAUCCUGGCAGGGUCAGCUAAAUGAAGAUAAACUGAAGUGUAAACUUAGGGCACUUGAAAAUCAACUGCAGGCCUGCACUCAGAGCUACUCAAAGGAGUGUGUGAAGAAGAUCCUCAUAGAGAUGGAGGACCAAAAGCAGACCUAUGAGCAGAAGGCAAAAGAGGCUCUUCAGAAAAUGCUUCAGGACAAACUCCAAGCAGAACAGCAGCUGCAAAACUCUCAGAGAUCCUUGGCAGUUACAAAAGAAGACUGUGCCCUCUGGAAAGAGCACUAUGACGCACUGAAAGCUGAAUGGACUGAGAUGACCAAGGCACAUACUGAGCUCGAGAACAAUCUCCACGUUUUGCAAAGCAAACUGCAACGGGCAGACACGCAGAAUGAACAGCUUCACCGGGCCUUGUGUAACCUGGAAAACGAACAUGCAGAACUCCGCCUGAAAAUCAGUGCCUUGCAAGAGGACAACAAGCUUAAAGCAGAACAUAUCAGUGCAAUAGAAGGUAAAUUGCAAAAAGAACAAAAUCAGAAGAUAACCUUGGAGGCAACAAUCAGCCACUUGCAUAAUUUGUUACAGAACCAGACCAACGAACAGAAAGCUCCAGAACCGAUGGUACAAAGGAAAGAUAAGGUUCUCACCACGCAGACCCCACCUUUCACUCCUGCCACAGCAAAACUAAAUGCCCUGUUAGAGCAGCCAGAGGAGGAGGGAGAAGAAAGUCUGAAGGAUGAGAUGCAGAAAAGGACAUCCCAGCUUACAGCAAAGGAGAAUGAGUGCACAGAGCUGCGUUUGGAGCUGGAGGCCCUCAGUGACGAGUACCGCUCCUGCCUGACCAAAUUACGCCAAUGCCGAGAUGAGCUUAAUCAAUUCCAGAGCAAACGGCCAAAAAGACAGCAUGGUAACUGGAUCCCUCUCCUAGUGUUGGCAAUAGCAAUGGCCAUAGCAGCUUUCCUGGCAAACUAUGUACCAUAAACAACCUUUACAAUUACCUCACUUCAGGAACUGACUUCUGCCUUAAAAACAACAGCAACGAGCCCUCGCUGCAAUGUACAUUCAGCUGUUUUUAUACUUGUUUGGUUUAUAUUUUGAGCUGGUCUCACUCCAAACGAACUCCCACGGUUCUAAUAAAUGCUGUGAGAUCA